AUGACACACGAGAAAGUAAUUUUAGUUACCGGUGGCUCUGGCCUUGUAGGAAAGGCAAUCGAGUGGGUCAUUGAAAAUGAUAAAGGAAAAUAUGGUAAAGGUGAAGGUGAAAAAUGGGUUUUCCUCACAAGUAAAGAUGGUGAUUUGAGGUCUAUAGAAGCCACGCGUGCUAUCUUUGAAAAAUAUAAGCCAACGCAAGUGAUACAUUUGGCAGCUCUCGUUGGUGGUCUUUUCAAAAAUAUAAAAUAUAAAUUGGAUUUUUUAAGAGAUAAUUUAUUAAUCAAUGAUAACGUUUUGCAUACUGCUCAUGAACAUAAAGUUGAGAAAGUUGUUUCGUGCCUUUCUACGUGCAUCUUUCCCGACAAAACAACAUACCCAAUCGACGAGACGAUGAUUCAUAAUGGACCUCCACAUGAGUCCAAUUUUGGUUACGCGUACGCAAAGAGAUUAAUAGAUUCCCAAAAUAAAGCAUAUAAUGAUCAAUUUGGUGAUAACUUCACUUCAGUUAUUCCAACAAAUGUAUUUGGUCCUCAUGAUAAUUAUGAUUUACAAGAUUCCCAUGUGAUUCCUGGGUUGAUUCAUAAAUGUUAUCUUGCUAAAAAAAACGGAACACCUUUUGUUGUCGCUGGAACUGGUAAACCUCUACGCCAGUUCAUUUAUUCACGUGAUUUGGCAAAAUUAUUUAUCUGGGUAUUGAGGGAAUAUAAAGAAAUUGAUCCUAUUAUUUUAUCAGUUGGUGAAAAAGAUGAAGUAUGCAUUAAAGAUGUAGCCGAUGCCAUUGUAAAAGCUGUUGGCUUUGAAGGGGAAUAUAGCUUUGAUACUUCCAAGUCCGAUGGACAAUAUAAAAAGACAGCUAGCAACGCAAAAUUAAUGAAAUAUCUUCCUGAUUUCCAAUUCACACCUUUUGAAGUUGCCGUGAAAGAAUCUACAGAUUGGUUCAUUCAAAAUUACGGAAAUGCUCGUACUGGGAACCCAUAG